AUUUGUUGGGGGCUAUGUGAUUGGAAUGAAGCGUACUUAUAGCAUAGAGACAGAACUGGAGAGUGGAGAGGGAGGGCAGCCAAUGAUCAGCAGGCCAGACAUGCAGAGAAAAGAUAUGAGUCCAGAGCAACCGAAUAGUCAGGCGGCCGACGACCUUUCCUGCAACGAAGAUUACUGGAGUAGUAUUGUUGAUGAAGAGCCACUUGAAAGUAAGAUGGGAGCUCGGGCUCCUAAGAUCCUGCUGGAACUGGAGGAGCUUGACAAGGAAUCUGGGCUCCAUAUGUUGUUAUCUAAGGAACGCGAGACGCAUCCGAAGCUUUGUAGCUGCUAUCUACAAGCCGAUCUAUCUCUCAUCUCUUCAGCUCGUCAAGAGCCCUUAAAGUGGAUCUUGGCUGUUAAUUCUUACCAUGCUUUCUCCUCCUUUACUGCAGUUUUGUCGGUUAACUAUCUCGAUCGUUUUCUACUCGGCUUGCAGUUCUGGAGGGACAGGCCCAUGAAGCCCUGGAUGCUGCAGUUGGCUGCCGUGGCUUGCCUUUCUUUAGCAGCCAAAGUGGCGGAAACCCACGUUCCUCUUCUCCUUGAUCUACAAGUUGAGAAACCGAGUUUUGUGUUUAGCCCAAAAUCAAUCCAAAAAAUGGAACUUUCGGUGCUCUCUCUGCUAGAAUGGAACAUGAACCCGGUUAUCCCACUUUCUUUCUUGAACUACAUAAUCAAACAGAUAUCCCUGCCGGCAGAUCAUCACAAACGUAUGGAGUUCACGGCAUUGUUUGAGCAUUUUUCUAUUUCUUUGCUCAGUGAUUUGAGAUUAAUGGUGGAUUAUCAGCCAUCCACAGUUGCUGCAGCCGUAACGCUGCAUGUGAUAAGGGAAAUGGAUUUUGGUGGUGAGGAUUUUGAUUUCUGCAAGAAUAAACUCUGUCGUCUUCUUCAAUUCAUCAACAAAGAGAAAUUCGAAGCAUGUUAUCAGCUGAUCCUACAGGCAUCUAUAUGUACUGCCAAUAAUCAUGCCCCAAAUCAGGUUGGCAUUAAUGAGCACUAGUAUUCUUAUGUGAUUGAUCUUCUACCUAUUCAGGCGUUUACUCUUGUAAUCUCUUCAUAGAUUAACCGGUAACAUGGAGAAGAAUAAGAAAAAGGUAGCCUCAUCGAUCUCUCUUACGAUCGAUGUACCUUUUCCAAUGAUCAGUGAGAUCGAAGCAUCAUUUUUAAGUUUUGUUGGAUAUGUAGAACAUCCAACAAAACAAAAUGAAGUUUGGUUUCUUGUAUUCCUAUGAAAUAAUUAUUUAUGUAGUUGGGAUAAUAUGCAUUAAUAUUUGUAGGAAAAAAAACAUUGCAGAGGUCCCUAUUAAUUGCUUAGCAUUUUAUUUCAUCAUUCAUUAGGAUUUAAAACGCAUCAAGUUACUUGUAA